AUGCAGGCCGUGUGUGUGAUGUUUGCGCCCCUUCCCUUUGCUGAUUCGAGCGAAUCCGAAGAGGACGAGACGCCCCUCCUCACCACCUCCCUCCUCCUCACUGCGGUGGGUUGUGGUCUGAGCACAGCUGGAUAUCCCUGCGUGUCUCAUGUGCCCCGUAUAUUGUCGUGCCAGUUGCUGACGUUUGGCGUGUGCUGUCUCAAGAGCGGGUCGCAGCCAUGUGUGUACUUGGGUGCCGUGCCGGUGGCUGACUCAGGUGUGAUGCAGGCUCUUGAUGAGGUGGAGAGACAUCUCAAAGCCAUUCCGUGGACAAAGGUAUCAUGAACAAGACAUGGUUGUUUGUUUGCGGGAUGGGGUUGUGAGCCGUGGGCUGUGGGUUUGUUGGCUGCGCAGUGCUGUGGGCGUGGGCACGCUUGGUGAUGAAUCGUGUGUCGGGUGAAAUGAAUGGCACAAUAUGUUGAUGGGAUGGCUGUGGUGCAGUGCACUCACAUGGGGCGGCAUGACGUUAGUUCGGCGUAUGGGUGUAAUGACAUUACAGCUCAGCUGCCAUGGGUAG